AUGUCUCAAGUCCAGCCCGCGCAGGCUAGCCACCAGCGCGACCAGCGCGACCAGCAUGAGGAUGAGCGGGAGCAGGAGCAGGAGCGUGGGGUGCUGUCGGACGACUCCAUGAGCGUGUCUGCCAAUGGCCUCGACGUCUCCCAUUCCUCCACCACCACCUCGCCGCGACGAGUCCGCUUCCCAGAAGGCCGCUCCGACAACACCUCGGGCACCUCGAGCGCCAUUGCCUCCCUCACCUCCCAAUCCACCCUCGACACCCUCUCCACCCGCCUGGACCUGUCGCCGACGGAGAAGGAGGCGCGCAAGGGCGUGUUGCGCGAGUCCUUCUUCCAUGAGUGGAAAGACGAUGCGACCGUCGAGUCGGAGUCGCCCGAGGAAAUGCAGAAGAAGGACCCGCUAGGCACGCAGAUAUGGAAGCUGUACCACAAGACCAAAGGCCAACUGCCCAACGGCGAGCGCCUGGAGAACCUCACGUGGCGCAUGAUGUCGAUGAAUCUGCGCCGCAAGGAGCUGGAGAGACGACGGUAUCACGCCCGCCCGGGGUCGAGUCGUAGUAGUAUGUGACCACCACACCGAUGCUAACGUGAUCUCCAGGCUCGCACCCCGCCCAGCAGGCCCGAAUGCGCCCAGCGGCAUUGCACAGCUGCGCAAGUCGUCCGAGCAAGCUGCCCGGGCGCAGGCGCAGGAGCAGGAGCAGGAGGAGCGCAUGAAUCUGGACGAGUUCAUCGUGCCUUCCUCGAUCGGCUCUCCCGCCGGCCUGUCACCCGCACCUUCCAGUGUGGCCGAGAACGAACCACCGGCGAGUAGGACGACGACGACGACGGCAACGACGGCAACGACGACGACGACGACGACGACGACGACGGCAACAGCGACCGGGGCGUCCGCGUCCGCGUCCGCGUCCGCGAUCCCGAUCAAGCAGCAGCAGCGACUUCAAGGCGAGGAGCUGUCGCUGUCGCUGGCACGUGCCUCCGCCCCCUCGGUCCCACCGCUCGAGCAGAACAGGACGAACCGGGAGUUUGGCUACGUCCAGAAGCACGUGCGCAAGACGAGCAUUGACGAGCGCCGGGUAAGUCACCGUCCCCGUCCCCGUCCCCGUCCCGGUCGAGCAUUAUUGCAGCAGCAGCAGCAGCAGCAGCAGCAACAGCAGCAUCGCUCAUCUGACUGACUCUCCGCAGCCGCCCAAGCGACGGGCUGAGGCAUCGCCGCAAGUCCCCCCCGUUCCCAGCACCGCCAUGGAGAUGCGAGAUCCCGAAGCCGAAGCCGCUCUGCACGACUACUCCUUGGACACCCCCAUCUCCCAGCCCCAGCCGCACGCCCAACACCCCCAGCUGCCCUUCAAUCUCGACACCUUCGGCCUCGACAAUGACCCCAUCAUCAACUCGGCCGGCGCCCAGCAGCAGAACUUCACCUUCUCGCCCGUCGGCUCGCCCAUGGUCAACAGCGGUUUCAGCCAGAUGUAUGGUAGCAUGCCGCUGCCCCACACCGCAUCCAGCCUGCAGUCGCCUCCGGGUUCCGCCUACCCCUCGACCGUCUCGACCCCCCAACCCAUCCCCGAGGGAGACCAGGUCUUCUUCGGCUCCCAGCUGCAUCCCCACCAAUCGAUCCCCAGCUUCCAGCCCUCCUCUAACCUGCCUCAGAGCUCAUCAUCUCAGCAGCAGUUCGUCUUCCACCCGAACAGCGACUCCAUGUUCAGCGCCAUCUCCUCCAGUGCUCCCUCUCAUGGAUUCCAGCAGCCAACAUUCCAGAUGCCUGGUCACUUGGACCCGAUGAAUGUGAUGCCGAACAACGACUUCGCUCCCCAGAGCCUUCCUAUGAGACCGCACAUGUUCACAUUCGGUGCCGACGAAGAUGAAGAGGACGACGAAUGCAUGUCAUUCCCAGACAACGGCUUCAUGAUGCCACAGGGCUAUUCUCCGGGUGAGGAUCCGUCCUUCGAGAUGCAAGGCAACUACCAGUGGGACAAUACCCUUUCGAAUCAUUACAAUCCUUCGAGCGAACGAUAUGGCGGUGCGCAGCGCAAAGGGGUUCAGAUCGGACAUACGGAGAUGAUUCCAUCCCCCCAGAACUGGAGUCAGGGCGGAUUGGGCAGAGGACAUGGGUCGGCUGCCUCUGUGAGCGAGAUCAGGAACCGCGGCGGUGAUCCAAGAACUCGAAAGAUUCCCCGUACGACGUCAACUCCGAAUACCGCGGGCAUGGCUACAGGCAUGUUCUCUAUUCGCACGCAAUCUUCGCCCACCUCGCCGCAAGAGUCUGGCUUCAACUCUGCAGCACCAUCUCGGCCCGGCAGCCCUCGACCCGGUGGUGAGAAUAGCGGUGUGCCAACUACUUGCACGAAUUGCUUUACGCAAACAACUCCUCUUUGGCGACGAAAUCCUGAAGGUCACCCAUUGUGCAAUGCUUGUGGCCUGUUUUUGAAACUGCAUGGCGUUGUUCGACCGCUGAGUUUGAAGACGGACGUGAUCAAGAAGCGGAAUCGGGGGAGCGGAAAUACGGUGCCGGUCGGUACUUCACGAUCCAAGAAAGCAGCGAGCCGCAAGAAUUCCGUGGCCCAAGCACCUGGAAGUACGCCCACCUCUGGCAAGACGGGGCCCGCAGAUGCAGACUCGCCCAAAUCCGGGACGGGAUCUACUGCAACUACACCAACAAGCUCUGGUGCUCCUGAAGCACCCAAGAAGACGGUCGUUCCGAUUGCGCCUGGUCCUCCGAAGCCGACUACGCAACCACCUGCGAGCGCGCCAACUCGCCAAGUCGCUCCCAGGCGGACACGAAAGACGAGUCGAGCGAGCAAUGCACUCAGCCAAGGGGACGCUGAUAUGAUGGACAUCGACAUUGCAGGUACACGAGGUGGUAGCAGCGGCAGCGGUCCGAAGAGCGGACCGCCUGCUCCCACACAUCCCCAACUCGCUCCGAAUCCCAAUAUGAAACCUAAUGUGCCCGGGAUGCACGCAGAUAUGGUCCCGGCGGGCGGAGGCUCUGGACAACCGGCGCAGCACCCUGGAAUACCACCAAACAUGAUUACUGGACCACAGGAGUGGGAGUGGCUCACGAUGAGUCUGUAA